AUGGUCCAGCUAUGGUCCGUCUCGGCGAUCUUCGCCCUGCACAUCCUCCGUCUUGAGGCGGCGACCCUCGGCUACGAACCUCGCUAUGCGGUUUCUACAGAUUUGCAGGUUCGAGCUCUUCCCGACUCUCCCAGUGGUGGCUACGCUCCAGAGGUUGUCGACUGUCCUCGCACGCGACCAACCAUUCGUACAGCAGAUGCUCUGUCGGAUGAGGAAACCUCGUGGAUUCCUGUCCGCAGGAACAACACCUUUGACCCUAUGCGUAAGCUACUUGAGAAUGCCGCCAUCCCCAACUUCAACGCGACUUCCUAUCUCGACAGGGUCCGCGACAACACCACCGCCCUACCCAACAUUGGCAUCGCCAUCUCUGGCGGUGGCUAUCGCGCCCUAAUGAACGGAGCCGGGUUCUUGUCAGCUGCCGACUCACGAACCGGACACGACAGCGCCGUCAGCGGGCUUUUGCAGGCGUCGACUUACCUUGCCGGGCUAUCCGGUGGUGGCUGGCUCGUGGGGUCCAUGUUCGCCAACAACUUCUCCACCAUUCCCGAUCUGCAACGGGGCGCUGAAGGGUCCUCGCUUUGGCGGUUCGACCGGUCAAUCUUUGAGGGGCCCGAGGAGAGGGGGAUUGGGAUUUUGAAUACGGUCGAUUACUGGACUCAGGUUGUGGAUGCCGUCGAUGAGAAGGCCAAAGGAUGGGACACGUCCAUCACGGAUUUCUGGGGCCGCGCUCUUUCUUAUCAGCUGAUCAACGCCUCAGAAGGUGGUCCGGCCUACACGUUCUCGUCGAUCCAGGAUACUUCGUCUUUCAAGGAUGCCGACACACCGUUCCCGAUUCUUGUCUCCGAUGAGCGCGCCCCCGGUCAGCGCAUCAUCUCGUUAAACGCGACCGUCUUUGAGUUCAAUCCCUACGAACUCGGCUCCUGGGAUCCCACAACCUUUGGAUUUGCUCCCCUCCGUUAUCUGGCUUCCAACUUUAGCGAUGGCUCGGUUUCUCGCAACGGUAAAUGUGUCCGUGGUUUCGACCAGUUUGGCUUCGUCAUGGGCACCUCUUCAUCCCUCUUCAACCAAUUUCUCCUCCAGAAUGUCACUGCAGUUGGCGAAGAUUCUGGCAUUCCAUCCUUCCUCACAAAGGCCGUUGAAAACGUCCUCAAGGGUCUGGAUAAAGAUGACAACGACAUCGCCCAAUACGCGCCUAACCCGUUCCGCGGCUGGAACCCCUCUACCAACCCUAGUGAGAAGGAUUUCCAGCUCUCGUUGGUGGAUGGUGGUGAGGAUUUGCAAAAUAUCCCCCUUCAUCCGUUGAUCCAGCCUAUUCGUGGCGUGGACAUUAUCUUUGCCAUUGACUCGUCUGCUGAUACUAACAAUAAUUGGCCCAACGGCACUGCCCUGCGUGCUUCGUACGACCGUUCUCUGGAGGAUAUUGGCAAUGGUACUCUGUUCCCUCCCGUGCCUUCUGCCGAGACUUUCAUCAACAACGGCCUUAACCGGCGUCCUACCAUGUUUGGCUGCGACGCGGACAACUUUACGCUCUCCGAUGGACAGGUUGUGCCGCCCCUGGUUGUCUACGUCCCGAAUGCGCCGUACACGACCUUGAGCAAUGUCUCUACAUUCAAGCCCUCUUACACCAUCGAACAGCGCGACCAGAUCAUCACAAACGGCUUCAACUCCGCCACACAGGGCAACGGGACCGUCAACAAGGACUGGCCCGUGUGUGUCGCCUGUGCCAUCAUGAGCCGCAGCUGGUGGAAGGCCGGAGAGACCGUUCCUGAUGCAUGCCAGACUUGCUUCGAUAAAUACUGCUGGGACGGAAAGUCUAACAAUACCCGUGUCAACGACUAUGAGCCUAGCUUCAUCAUCAAGAAUGAGACUGAGGAUAGUAACGAUGCCAACGGUCUUGGACAUAACUUUGCGCUUACUGUUGGGGUUGCCUUGGCUGUUGUGUUCUUUGGAUACUGA